AUGUUGGAGGACUGAGAGGAGGAGGACUAGCUGUUGCAGUAACAACAUCCUGGAUAUUGGAGCCUGGCGGCGCACACGGCUACAGAAAUAAAGGAGGAACCGAGACGUUAGGGAGGCGGUGGUUGUAAUCGCAAAUGCCUUAGUGUAUAGAAGCACAGACAUGAACUUGGCAGCUUUCAGGCAUUAUUAAUUGUGGAUUUAUGGUCUAUGGCGCCGAUUGAUCCCGAGGCACCGACAAGGUGAUGCAGCAGCGGCAGGACGGGAUCAGUCCGCUACACGGCUGCCAGCUGAAUGCCUUUACUGAAGGGAAACGGCGCAGCACACGUCCAGCGCAGGCCGGCGUGAUCUUUCAUUAAAACAGGACAGUAUGUAGAGAGGAUCAGCCAACAGCUGCUAUACCCCCGUGUUUACUUUCAUUAUUGUAUCGGCUCUCAAUAUCGCUCUCCGGCUAAGGAGUCACUGCCACGGCAUCAAGCGGAUCAGGCCUGGGCUGAAACACCGUGCGCACUUCGCGAUAUUUACCGUGGAAAGCGCGUAAUGUGACGCGAACUUCUAUCGUUAACGAGCAUAACAAAAGCACCUAGUGCUAUAUCAUUGUGUUUACUAUCCGCUCGUCCGGUUUUCUUUAUGUGUACUAGGGUUGCGAUACAGUUUUCUCUUCUUCUUAUCAAACUGUUUCCCCCAUCGACAACAGAUUUUUUUAUUGCUAGUUUAAGAUAAAUAACACGCCUAACGGAGGUGAGGGUGGACUCGCCGUUUACCGUGAAGAUAACGACUCGACCCAACCCGCCUUGACACAGAGAAGCGAGGAUCAUGGAUCGGAAUGAUAAAAAGACCCUCACGAGCAAGUGGAAUCAGUUGUGAUCUACUGGACAACUCCAUUUCUAAGAGAUAAGCAGACGUUCGCAGUCAAGCUCUCAUUACCGCAAUGAGAUAAUAGUGUGGCUCACACAAAAACAACCUUGACGCUUAUCCCACCAGAUUCCAGAUUCAUCGUCAAAAUAUGACCACGCCGGCUCUAUUGCCACUAUCGGGACGUAGGAUACCUACCCUCUCGCCAGGUGCCUCCUCAUUCCCCCAUCACAGAGCCACCUUGCGGCUCUCAGAGAAAUUCAUCCUCCUCCUCAUCCUCAGUGCCUUCAUCACCUUGUGCUUCGGAGCGUUUUUCUUCCUCCCGGACAAUUCCAAACACAAGCGCUUUGACUUCGGUUUGGAGGACGUAUUGAUACCGCACAUCGAGUCGGAGAAGGAGGCCAGGCACAGCAGCAGACAGGGCAUACAUGGCGUGGGAGCUCACGACGAGCAUCGACACAGGGAGGAAGAGGAGAGCCUUCGUGACAAGAUCCGGGCAGAUCACGAGCGGGCACUGCAGGAGGCCAAGGAAAAGCUCCGUAAAUCCAAAGAGGAGCUGAAGGCAGAGAUCCAGACAGAGAAGACCAAGGUAGUCGAGGACCUGAAGAAGAAAGAUGGACCCAAACCACUGCCUCCAGUACCUAUGCCCAAACUAGUAGGGGUCAAAGAUGGUGACCCAGGGGACCCUGACACCAAGGAAAAAAGGGACAAAAUCAGAGAGAUGAUGAAACACGCAUGGGACAGCUACAGGCAAUAUGGCUGGGGCCACAACGAGCUCAAACCCAUCGCCAAGAAAGGACAUUCCACCAAUAUCUUCGGGUUCUGCUGGGAUUCAACUUUUAAUAGAUGAGAAGAUGCCAAGCGCAAGUGGGUAAUCACACGAAUUUGGUUCUGUGCAGUCCACCAGGAAUGAACAUAAGCCCUUGACAUUAAACAGAAGACCUAGAAACAAAAGACUAAGGAGGUAGAAAAGAAAUGGAAGAUGAACAAGAAGAAAAAGUGGAAUGAAAGUCAUCGCAUAGCUAGCAGUGUUGGGCAAGCUGCUUAUACUGGACCUUGACAGCAAUUAACACAGACAAGACAUAUAGCAACACUUUGAGCUAAAAUACAUUUUAUUUUACUGUAUUUAUACGUUUUUUAUUUAUAACUGUAUAAUUUUGCCAGAAAACGUAUUAGAGUACAUGUUAAUGUAAAAAAUCUUGCGUGAUAUAAUAUUUGUUUCCUGGUUUUAUUUUGCACUGGAUGUAAAAACUGCCUUGUUUGUAAUGGUUUUUUUUGGUUUUGUCAAUAAAACAUUUACAUUUAGCAAUGUCAUAUGACCCCUUUAAGUUUGCAUUUUUAUUUAGGCUAUUACUUUGCUCCACCGAUACCGACCCUGUCCUUGUCACACUAUCUCAGAGAAUGCCUUGCACCAUGAGUCUCUGCAGCAUUUAAAUGGUGCAAGAGUAUGUGUGUCUGAGAAACAGGAAUCACUCCUCUCCCUAGGCAUCACCACUACAGCCAUUCAUCAAAGUGCUGUGACUCAGUAAAUAUUCAUCAGCCACUUACAGUGACUGACAGCAAGCACAGCACACAGCUAACACCAAAUUACAAAGAGCGGAGAUAGAGGACUGCAGGAGGGAGGCAAGAGAUUUGGUGAGAAAGGAGACGUGCUGAUGGAAAUAAGCUGUUGAAAUGUCUGUGCAGUUAUUCAUUAAGAGAUCAUGAGAGACAGACAGACACUAGUGUGCCCUUGAGAGCUGAAUGUACGUGACUUGAGUGCCGAUGUGUUAUUUGGACCUGAGCACCUGUACAUGGAUUGUGAUUGUUAGUUACAGUGCUAAAGGGCACAUGGCAGCACCUGGCCUUCGAACUUUCUUUCAAAGUGCAGGCAGACUCUAAAGUUUAGAUUGCAGUAAAAUAAAUUAUUCAGGUUGGUAAAGGUAACAUCUUUUGGAGCCUAAGAAUUGCCCUUAGAAAUGCAAAAAAAAUGUCUUGCAUUGGGUGCAUGGUAAUAUUUUUUGGUGGGUGUUGUUUUUGCAUUUAAAAUUUUCUGUUUUACUUAAUGUAUCAUUUAUUUUUUAAUUUUCUACUUAAAUUUUAGACCAAUUUAAGAGCUAAAGUCACAAAAUAUCUGGUCAUAGAGAAAUAAUCUUUGAACGCUUAGAUAUGGAUGUGAGAUUAAAUGCCAUGGUGAUUUAUCUUGACCUUAAAAGUACUAUGUCCUUAAUUGUAGGUCACAGUCCUGCAGUGUGUGUGUUCUGACAGCCCAGCCACAUCUGACUCCAGGCUUUAGACCGUUAUCAUUAGUGCAAGGACUUGGGUUUGUGCAGCAGUGUUUCGGUUUCAAGUGUAAAUUAAGACUGCAGACUGGCCAUCAACUGGUAACUUAUAAUGGACAGUCUACACUGUCAGUCAUAAAAAUCUUAGUUAUGAUGUAUAUCUUACAGUCUGACUUAAAAGACCAUCAGUGUUCUACUGUCUGCCUUUGGUUUUACCCAAGAUGCCUCUUUGGGUUUUAUGUACAAUCUAACAAGCAACAGUCAAGGACAGAAAAAAAAACAAAGUGCACCCAACUUUAUAACAACUUGCACAUCAUCUAAUGGAGAGUCAUGGUCAUCACUUCUGUUUUUCUAUAGAUUAUUAUAUAUUUUUUUAUUCUUUGUUAUUUGCUCUGCUGCAGAGUCCUUAUUAGUACCUUGUUUUUUUUUUUCCGUUUUUUUACUAUGUAUCUAGGGCUGUUCGAAAGUUUAGGGUCAACAAAAUGCAUUUAUUUUA